GUGAUACUUCAUUAAACAGGAGUUAAAAAUAUAUUUCAGAUGAUCUAACCCAGCACAUCCGUGUGAAGCAUAUGGAAGCAUCAAAGGGAAAACCACCCCUGGUGCAGCUGUGUGAAUUCUGCGGUCAGGCUGUAAAACACUACAAGAGCCACAAGAUUUUCUGCAGUGGCAUUAAAAAGUUCCAGUGCAAGUUCUGUCUGCAGGCAUUUUAUCGCUUGUCAGAGCUGAAGAGGCAUACAUGGACCCACACAGGGGAGCUGCCUUAUCAGUGCCGUGUCUGUGGAAAGCGUUGCCGUCAUCCAAGUAACCUCAAGAAACACAUUCGAACAGUUCACAAAGAGGAAAUCCGAGUGCAGAUCGACAAGGAGCAUGCCUCUCCGAAGCUUCUCAAAGACUUUCUACCUCGAGAGAUGGAGAGUGAUUGCACGGUCAAGGGAAGCGGUAACUUCGUGGACAGGACUGAUACUCGGUUGCGUGGAUCAACUGAUUCUACAAUAUCCUCUUUUGGAAAUGCCAUAACAAUCCCUGGUGCAGUGUCUAGCAUGCCACAUGUGGUCUGCACUGCUCCUGAUAAUCAUAAUGCUAUGAUCCCGCCUAUAUAUACAACUGUCUCCACUGCUUCAGAAAGACAUCAUGAUAAGAUGAUUAGUCCACUUCCAUCUUUCAAGUCCCUCCUUACUAGCCCCCAUGUAGAUAUGCUGCAGAAUCCAUUUCACCAGACAGCAACCUUAGAGCAGAAGCACCAGUAACUUUGGAGAUUGAAUGAUGAACUGAGGGAAACACGAUGCACAAGAUGAAAUUAUCCGCCAGGUCUAUGCUUAAUAUAUUCUUCUUUUUGAUUUAUGCAAACUGUGGCCUGCAAAUUGAUGAAACAUCUGAGAAGUUUGCAGUUUCAUUUAAAAGUUCUGCUACUGCAUUAUAUUUAUCUGUAUUAAAUGUUUGUAUUGCAAAUACCUUGUUAAGAUAUUGAAAGCAACAAAUGCUGGUGAUCACAGCGGGUCAGACAACAUCCAUGGAGAGAGAGCAAGCUAACGUUUCGAGUCUAGAUGACUGUUCAUCAGAGCUGAAGUAAAAGGUGAAGGGACAGAAUUUAUGCUAUUGUUUGCAGUGGGGGUUGGGGGUGGGAUAAUGGGUGUAGGGUGUUGAUGGAGAAAAGAUGUUGAUAGUUCAGAUUAAGUGAUCAGAAUGUGAGAAUGGCAGAACAAUGGUGUGUUACCUGCCAGAAUUGAAAGGACAAAGUGGAAUGCUGGGAGGGGAGGACAUGAUAACAGGAUGGAAGAAAGGGAAGAAAUAGAAGUUGGUUUACAAUUUAAAGGUAUUGAACUCAAUAUUAAGUCUAGAAGGUUGUAAAGUGCCUAGUUUGAAGAUGAGAUGUUCCUCCAGUUUGCGCUAUGAUUCACUGGAACACUGCAACAUCCUGAAGAUAGACAUGUGAGCAGGAAGCUGUGUUAAAAUGACCGGCUGCAGGAAGAUCGGAGUGGUGCUUGCGCACAGACCAGAGGUGUUCUGCAAAACGGCCAUCCAGUCUGCAUUUGGUUUCUCUAGUUUAGAGUAGGCCACAAUGGAUGCAGCGAAUACAAUACACAAGAUUGGAGGAGGUCCAGGUGAAAUGCUCCUUCACCUGGAAAGACUGUUUAGGCCCUUGGAUGGUGAGCAGGGAGGAGGUGAAGGGAUAGGUGUUGCAUCUUCUGCAGUUACAUGGGAAGAUGCCGUGGAGAGAUGUUGGUUGUAAAAUGGACUAGGAUGUCCCGGAGAGAAUGAUCCCUGCGAAAUGCAGAUGGGGAGUGAGGGGAAGAUGUUUUGUUGGUGGCGUUCUACUGGAGUUGUCUGAAAUGGCAGAGAACGAUCCUUUCAGUGCGGAGGCUGGAGGGAUGAAAAGUAAGGAUAAAGGGAACCUGAUCACGCUGUUAUAAAUGAUGGGAAGGCGCAAGUGCAGAAACACAGGUGAUAGGUCAGAUUCGGUUGUGGUCCUGUCAACUACAGUGGGUGGGAAACCACAGUCAUGGAAGAAGGAAGCCAUGUCAGCAGCAUUGUUUUGGAAGGUGGUUUCAUCUGAACAGAUGUGAAGUAGGUGAAGGAACUGGGAGAAUGGGAUGGAGACCUUGCAGGACAUGGGGUGUGACAAGCUGUAGUGAAGAUAGCUUUGGGAGUCAGUGGCUUUGGCCGGACAACAUUCAUGUAGAGAGAGCAAGCUGAUGUUUCCUGAUUCAGUUUCCAGCAACUGCAGUAUUUUGCUCCUAUGCCUUGUUAAGAUAGUUUUCCUCCACAUGGAUCUUAAAAGGUUCGUUAAAUUGCUGUCAGAGUUCAGUUCUAAAAGGAGAUGGAGAAGUGACCUAGUCUCAUCAAUCUUGCCUCUUGAUCCUCUUCCCCUCUUAAGGUAAUGAAGUCUGGUAAAGUAUUGUUGUUUCAAUUGAAUAGAACAUUAGUAUUCUCCAGUGUAACAUACAACAAAAAUCCAUCACUGUAUUCUUGAAAACCUGCUGAGAUAUGGAUUUCUUAGAAAUCUGUCCAUGUGUUAAGAGCUAUAAUGGUGUGGUUAUUUGGUUUGCUAUCCUUUAGGGAGGUGAUGGCAUAGUGGUAUUCCAGACACCCAAGCAAUGUUCUGGGGACCCAGGUUCAAAU